AUAAAAAAUGAUGUAAUGGUGUGUCUCAACAUUAACCAAACCAUGACUUCUUUCCUUCAUCCACUGCCGGUCACCGCCACUGCCUCCACCCCCACCACUCUUCCGAAGACGUCUUCCCAACUUUCCGUAAUUGGAAAGCGGAACAAACCAUAUUUCAGUAUCCCUAGAGUUGUAUCAUGCAAGGCCACAAAUGGUGACUUUGGAGAACCUCCUCUAAACAAGUUUGAUAGAAGAGAUGUUCUCAUCGGGCUAGGAGGGCUUGGUGUUGCAACUGGCCUUAGCAAUGAUCGGUUUGCUGCCGUUGCAGCUCCAAUAUCGGCCCCAGACCUGGCUAGAUGUGGCAAAGCUGAUCUACCUCAAGGUGCAAAACCUACUAAUUGUUGCCCACCACCGUCCACUAAUAUUUUGGAUUUCAAGCUACCCUCUUCGAAUUCCCCAUUACGGGUUAGACCGGCCGCGCAUUUAGUGAAUGGUGACUACAUUGCUAAAUAUUCCAAGGCCAUUGAGCUCAUGAAAGCUCUUCCCGCCGAUGAUCCACGUAACUUCACGCAACAAGCAAAUGUUCAUUGCGCCUAUUGUGAUGGUGCUUACCAUCAAGUAGGGUUUCCUGAUCUUGAUCUCCAAGUUCACAACUCAUGGCUCUUCUUUCCCUUCCACAGGUAUUAUCUCUACUUUUAUGAGAAGAUUUUGGGAAAAUUAAUUGGCGAUCCAACCUUUGCUAUGCCCUUUUGGAACUGGGAUUCUCCACAAGGCAUGCAAAUGCCUACUAUUUUUUCAAACCCCAACUCUCCACUCUAUGAUCAGCUCCGGAACGCCAAUCACCAACCGCCGACCCUGCUUGAUCUCGAUUACAACGGCACUGAUGAAACAACUACCAAUAGCGAUCAGUUGUCAAGUAAUCUCAAGAUUAUGUACAGGCAAAUGGUGUCCAACGGUAAGACUCCCAAGCUUUUCCUAGGAAGUUCCUACCGAGCCGGUGAUGAAGCGGAUCCGGGCGCCGGUUCGCUCGAGAACAUCCCUCAUGGACCGGUUCACAUAUGGUGUGGUGACAACACGCAGCCGAAUCUGGAAGACAUGGGAAACUUCUACUCCGCUGCCAGAGACCCUAUUUUCUAUGCUCAUCACUCGAACGUCGACCGAAUGUGGACCGUGUGGAAGACACUAGGAGGGAAGCGAACCGAUUUCACUGAUCCGGAUUGGCUAGACUCCUCUUUCCUCUUUUACGACGAGAAUGCAAACCUUGUACGUGUCAAGGUACGAGAUUGUCUUGACACAACAAAGCUGGGAUAUAAAUAUCAAGAUGUUGAUAUUCCAUGGCUGAAUACGAAGCCAACUCCUCGAAAGUUCAUCCAGAAGGUAAACAAGUCUUUUGGGGUUGCCCAUGCAGCAGAAAUAAAGAGACAGAUCAAGCAAACCACAGCACUCCCCGUUGUUCUGGACAAAACGGUGAGUUUCGAUGUGGCGAGGCCGAGGAAAUCAAGGAGUAAGAAGGAAAAGGAAGAGGAAGAAGAAGUGUUGGUUAUAGAGAACAUAGAGUUUGAGAGGAACGCUUCAGUGAAAUUUGAUGUGUAUGUGAACGAUGAGGACGAUGACGGGCCUAGCGGACCGGACAAGACAGAGUUUGCCGGUAGCUUCGUGAAUGUUCCUCAUAAGCAUAAGCAUGGGAAGAAGACGAAAACAUGUUUGAGGCUGGGGAUAACGGAUUUGUUGGAGGAUUUGGGGGCUGAGGAUGAUGAUAGUGUUAUUGUGACUUUGGUGCCUAAGUAUGGUGCCGUUAGAAUUGGUGGCAUCAAGAUUGAGUUUGCCCGAGAUUGAUCAUCAUGAUUGAAAUCACUUUGCAUUCAUAUGUGAGUUAAUAAAACGGAUUGAUUAUGUUCGAUUAUGGGUUUUUUAGUAAUUUUUUAAAAAUUAGCAUUUAAAGAAUUAGUAUUCAAGUGUAACACGUGUAAGUCUUACAUAAAUUAUGAAAUGGUUCAUCACCAAAGCAGUAGGAUCAAAUUAAAGCCCUA